UUUUUUUUGCCCGAAAUAACCGGAUUUUCUUUGGCAUGGUCGACUCCCCGCAAACGCACUCAGGUCCCCUCGUCAUCUCCAUCGCGGCCAGGACAACCUCCGCCGCCGCCGCUCGGCUGCUCUCCGCCGGCGCCCCUUACUCUUUCUCCUCCUCUCCAGUCGCUCCAUCCCCCCGCGACCCUUCCUCCUCGCCGUCGCGGCCGCGCGUCCCGUGCUCCGCCUCGCCGUCGCCGCCGCCGCCGCCGCCCAAGGAAAGAGAGACAGGGAGGGGGAGGAACCAACGGUGGCGUGGUGAGGAGGGAAUCAAGCGGAGUAAGUAAGGAAGGGAGUGGGGCUGCGGUCACCGGGCCGUCGCCGGACUGCCAUGUCGUCUCUGGGGACGUCCAAGGGGAUCCUGGAGAUCGCCAAGUUCGGCGUCUACGUCUCCGUGCCCGUCGCGCUUACCUACCUCGUCGCCACCGACUCCAAGACCCUCAAGAAGCUCAUGGGCCUCCGUCCUUAUGUGGUUUAUCCGCCUGAAGGCCCACGCCCUCCACCACCAGAAGAACUGCGUGAAAGGGCACGGGAGAUUGCUCGGAAGAGGCAGCAGAGUUGAAUGGAUGGUGAUUUCUCUAGGCAUCUGUGUCCAGGGAAAAAGAUGAUGGAUCCAUCUCGUAAGAACUUGCAUAACUUCGACAUGUUACUCUGGUUGUUGGUAUGGAAGUGGAACAGCCCUGGUCUUUAACAACCUUUUACUCCUGUGUUACAAUAAAAUCCACAGGAGGAUUGUUGCCAUGCCUGAUGUUUUGAGCCGUGAGAUACUGAAAAGUGAGAAUCAAUUUGAUGUAUUUCUUUUUGGGAGCCAGGUCAUAUGGUCCGCUUGACUUCCAACUGUGUUGUUGAAAUGGUGAAGAAUAAAAGGAAGUUUUUCUUUUUUCA